GAUGAUUUUGGGUGUCCCAGGAUGAUUUUUGGGGUCCCAGGAUGAUUUUGGGUGUCCCGGGAUGAUUUUUGGGGUCCCAGGAUGAUUUUUGGGGUCCCAGGGUGAUUUUGGGGUCUCAGGAUGAUUUUGGGGGUCCCAGGGUGAUUUUGGGGGGUCCCAGGAUGAUUUUGGGUGUCCCAGGAUGAUUUUUGGGGUCCCAGGGUGAUUUUGGGGGUCCCAGGAUGAUUUUUGGGGUCUCAGGAUGAUUUUGGGUGUCCCGGGAUGAUUUUGGGGGUCCCGGGGUGAUUUUGGGGUCUCAGGAUGAUUUUGUGGGUCUCAGGAUGAUUUUGGGUGUCCCGGGGGUGAUUUUGGGGGGUCCCGGGGUGGUUUUUGGGUGUCCCAAGGUGGUUUUUGGGUGUCCCGGGAUGAUUUUGGGGGUCCCAGGGUGAUUUUGGGUGAUUUUGGGGCCCCCCCAGAGCGCAACAAGAGCUUCGAGAUGUCGUCCUUCGUGGAGACGAAGGGGCUGGAGCAGCUCACCAAGAGCCCCCUCGAGUUCGUGGAGUACAACAAGCGGCAGCUGAGCCGGGUUUAUCCCAAGGGGACCCGCGUGGACUCCUCCAACUUCCACCCGCAGCUCUUCUGGAACGCCGGGGUGCACAUGGCUGCCCUCAACUUCCAGAGCAUGGGUGAGACCUGGGACACGCCCCUCACACACCUGGGACACACCUGGGACACGCCCCUGCCCUGUAACACACCUGUGUCACACCUGGGUCACCCCUGGGACUCACCUGUCCCACCCCCGGGGUGCACAUGGCUGCCCUCAACUUCCAGAGCAUGGGGGAGACCUGGGACACGCCCCUGA